AUGACGCUUGAUGAUGAUGGGUAUGGACCUGUACCUGUAUAUGGGUCUGGGUCUAUUUUGCCAAGCGAUGGCACUCCUAAGGGCUAUCCACAUCUGUGUUAUUCCCGUGUAUAUGUCUUGCCUGACGACGUGGGCCGCAAGGCUAUCUCUCGAUCGAGCUCGUCACUGAGGCGCGCUCUCAAGGUCGUCAUGGCGAAGGUGGAUUCGUCGGUUGGAGCUUGGAUGGGGGAGCUUUAUCCGGGGGAAAAAUCAGACAAGAAAUCAUCCGCCAGUGCGGAGGACGAGUCGAUGUGGUAUAUUUUCAAUACCCUGCGAGAUCCGGAGCCUCGUGUUGAAGAAAUGAAGGAUUUAUAUGCGAGGAAGGCAAUGGAGGAAUUGCUUUCUGGGUCUGUCGGUGGUGAGGCUGAGACGGGGCAGGAACUUGGCGUGCUGGGCCUCAAAACGCCCCUGUACCCCUACCAGCGCCGUUCGGCUGCUGCUAUGAUACAGCGGGAGGUUCAGCCGGCUCAGAUGUUGGAUCCUCGAUUACAGGCCUUCUGCGGCCCGACGGGCCAGGUAUAUUACUAUGAUAAAGAAGAAGGCAGUAUUGUGCGUGAGAAGCGAAUGUAUUCGGAAGCAUGUGGAGGAAUCCUCGCAGAGACCAUGGGCUGCGGAAAGACGCUAAUCAGUUUGGCGGUCAUCAUGGCGACACGGGGCCACUUUCCCAGGAUCCCUUUGGAAUAUCAGGAGACAGAGAAUGCCGUACGUCAGAAGACGGGGUCUCUAGUCGAGAUGGCCGCAGCCGCGGCCGGUCGAUUUUCGCUUCCGUGGAAAGCCCACUUCGAGACCGAGAGACACUACGGCUCUAACUACGACCGAUGCAUCAAAGCGUGCGAAGAGCACUGCGGUUCGUAUAUCGUCCCGCCUCCACCGGCCCGGUAUACAGGCCGGAACGGAGUGGCCUAUCCCAGGCCACCGCCGCUACAUCUUCGACUCAGCUCGGGGACAUUGAUCAUCGUGCCGCCCAACCUUGUAAACCACUGGCAGAAGGAGAUCGCGCACCACACGGAGGGACUCAAGGUGCUUGUUCUCCGGGAUAGUUCAGACGCGACGCCUCAACCAGACGAACUUUUACAAUACGAUAUAAUCCUGUUUUCUAGGGUCCGCUUCGAAAGAGAAGCAGGAGAGGUGGUUCACAACCACCGUGUUUCGACCAGGCCUGAAGAAUCCCCCUUGACGAAACUCCACUGGUUACGCGUUGUGGUCGACGAAGGCCACAACGUUGCCGGCCACGGCCAGCGGACAGUCAUGAUGCACAUUCUGGCUCAACUGCACUUCGAACGCCGGUGGGUCGUGUCGGGUACGCCGUCGAGCGGACUGUACGGUGUCGAAGUCAGCCUUGCAUCGCACGAGACCAACACGAGCGAUACGGACAUGGGGGAAGCCACAACAGCUAUCCUGCGAGGAAGGAAGAACACGGGAAGCGCCCUAGCAAGCGAGCUCAAAGAUCUAGACCGAUUGCGACUCAUAGUAGUCGAGUUCCUCGACGUCAAGCCGUGGUCCAACUCUCGUGCGAACGAUCCAGCCAAUUGGACAAAAUACAUCAAACCCAUCGGGGAAGACGGGAAGCGCAAGAAAGCACCGUCGCUCCGCUCGACGCUGCAGGGCCUUGUCGUCCGGCAUCGCAUGGACACCAUCCACAGCGAGAUUCCACUUCCGCGACUGUACAAUAAAGUCGUGCGGCUUGAGCCGACGUUGUUUGACAGGCUGAACCUGAACCUGUUUAUAUUUGUGAUUGCAGUCAACGCGAUCACGUCUGAGCGAAAAGAUCAAGAUUACCUGUGGCAUCCGCGCAACAGGAAGCAUCUCAGCCUUAUGAUCAGUAACCUGCGGGCGGCAGGGUUCUGGUGGGCUGGCUCCGAGGCGGAUGUCCCUGGGACUAUUGAUACUGCGCUGAAGUAUAUGGAAAAGAAUAGAGACAAGAUGACGGAGCAGGAUAUAGCUUUGCUGACAGACGGCGUGCGGAUUGCACAGAAAGCGAUCUCUAGCGAAAGCUGGCAGGCGUUCAGAAAGUACCAUGAACUUGGAGUGUUCAUCAAGGGUUUCCCGUCCCACGCUCGAAGUAUGUGGGCACUGAACCAAGCGGAAUGCGAUAGGGAGCCGCUGCUCAUGGGGAUCUCGCAGGCACGGGAUGCCCAAAAGUUUGUCACAGGACACUUAGACACUUUUGAUCCGGCAGAGGGUCUCGCGGGUGCAGGCAUCAAAGUGCGACGUAAGCUCGCGCAGCGCGAGAACAACAGCACCUCUGACGCAGCGAGCACAAGGAAAACCACCCCCGACAAGCCCAUCAAACCCAAGACCUCAAAAAAGUCAUUCUCCAAAGGCCUCACCAAAAACCUCCCACCUGAGUCCCCCCUCGCAUCAACAAAACUAGUCGCAACAGCCUCCGCCAAACUAACCUACCUCCUCAGCCAAGUCCUCGCCCUACACAAAGCAGAAAAAAUCAUCAUCUUCUACGACAACAACAACUCCGCCUUCUGGAUCGCCGAAGGCCUCGAGCUCCUCGGCAUCGCAUUCCGCAUCUACGCCAGCACACUCAAACCCGCCCAGCGCGCCGAAUACCUAGAACUAUUCCGCGAAUCGGAAGACGUACGCGUCCUUCUAAUGGACCUACGGCAGGCCUCCCACGGCCUCCACAUCGCCAACGCCUCGCGCGUCUUCAUCGUAAACCCCAUCUGGCAGCCCAACGUCGAAAGCCAGGCCAUCAAGCGAGCGCACCGUAUCGGCCAGACGAGGCCCGUCUUCGUCGAGACGCUCGUCCUCCAAAAUACGCUCGAAGACAAGAUGCUCCGCCGCCGGAAAGCAAUGUCUGACUCGGAAAUCCAGCACGCAGAGCGCGAUCUCUUAGACGAUAGUACCAUGAGCGCCAUCAUCCAGGACGAGCAUUUCCUGCCUCUGCCGGAGGACGACUCAGCUGGGUGGGCCUUGUUAACGGGAGACGACACGCCGGGCCUGUUUGACCGCCACGCGCUCCCCCUCCCAGAUGACUACGACGAUAAGCCCACGCCCACGCCCAAGCCCACUCCCAAACCCAAACCCAAGCCUGGACUCCCGACCCCAAAGCGCACCCGCCACCCAGACGUCGAGCCAGACCUUCUAACGCCGUUAAAACGCCGCCGCUCAGCGAAUUCCCGCACCCACGUGUCUCCUGCGGGGAUUGUAAUGGAGGGUCCUCCGCCAGCGGCGCGCAUCCGCUCGCCUGCUUCACAAACGUAUACUACAGUGAAUGAUGAAAAAUUGAACUGCGAAUCGAAAAUGGCAAACAUAAUCGGCAUCUCGGGCCCCUCAUCCAGCGGCAAGACGACCCUCGCCCGAUUACUCCAGCGAAUCUUCAACGGUGUUCUUGACGACACCACAGAUACCAUAAAUUACCAAUCCCUCCGAACAUUUAUAAUCCACGAAGACGACUUCUACAAACCCGACGAUAGAAUCCCAUACACAACAACCAAAAGCGGCCAAACCAUCCAAGACUGGGACACCGCAUCCGCGAUCGACAUCCCGCUCUUCACAGCCUCGCUGGCGUACGUGCGUGCGCACGGCAGUCUCCCGCCGCGGUUGACCAGCAUCCAGGACCAGAAUGAGGUGAGGGAGUCGGGGGUGUCUGAUGAUGUUGUUGGUAGGCUGAGAGGGGACGUGCGGGAGAGGUUAUUGAGCGCUUUAUCUACUUCUUCGUCGGAGCAGGGAGGAAGAGAGGGAAGAGAGGGAAGGAAGGAGAGAGUGGUUGUUUUCCUCGAGGGUUUCCUGCUUUACGGUGGUGCGGAUGAGGCUCACGCACCGAUGCCGAUGCGCGAUGUGCAUGCGCAGAUUGAUUUAGGGCUGUUCUUGCCUGCGCCGUAUGAUCGCGUCAAAGAGAGGAGGGAGAGUCGGACGGGGUAUGCUACUAUUGGGGCGCAGCCGGAUGUUGAUCCUGGCACUUCUGGUGGAGGGUCGUCCCAGGAGGGUGGAGGGCAUGCUGGGGAGAGCAAGCUUCACGAAGGAGAAGCGUAUGAGCCGCCGCAGAACUUCUGGACGGAUCCCCCUGGUUAUGUGGAUGAUGUUGUUUGGCCGCGGUAUGUGCGGGAUCAUGCGUGGUUGCUGCUCCCUGAGGGUGGGGAGGGGAGGUUUACGGGGGAGGAGAGUGAUGAGGAGUUGGUGAGGCGCGUUGGACAGGGUAUUGAUGUGAGGGAGGAUGCUGGGGUCGUUGUUGCGCCAGGGAGGGGGGAGAAGCCUAUGGUGGAGGUGUUGGAGUGGGCUGUUGAGGAGGUGGCGAGUUAUUUGCUUUCUUCUGGUGGUGCUAAUUAG